ACUAUCCAGAUUUCCCUCCCAACGAGUGGUUUCCUUCUCUUGCCCCCCAAACCAGCAAUAUCUCUCUCUUGACUCCUAUAACCACAGGAUAUAUUGAUUCCGAAACCUGCAGAGCUUCAGCUGUUGGUGUUUGUUAUAUACUAAGAGCCAUGGCCUCCACUGCUACUGCCGCUACCUGCGCUCUUGCUUCUCCGUCCCUGGGAGUUGAAGGCAGAGCUGCGGCGGCCCCGCAUAGCGUCGGGCUUCCUGCUUUGCACGCACCGACCAAUUUGGCAUCUCUGAAUCGUCAGCCCCUCGAAUCCUGGAGAAGCACUGCCUACUGUCGUAAACUUGCGAGGAAUGUUAUGGCCAUGGCUACAGGAGAUGCACCGGCUGAAGUUGCAACUGAACUUCCAGAAAUUGUGAAAACCAUACAAGAAGCCUGGGACAAGGUUGAGGAUAAGUAUGCUGUGUCAUCUCUUGCAGUUGCUGUAGUUAUUGCACUUUGGGGCUCCACUGGAAUGAUCUCGGCCAUUGAUAGGCUCCCUGUGGUCCCUGGUGUUCUUGAACUUGUAGGAAUUGGAUAUACUGGGUGGUUUGCAUAUCGUAACCUGGUUUUCAAGCCUGACAGAGAAGCUUUGAUAGCAAAGAUCAAGAGCACCUAUAGCGAGAUAAUUGGGAGCAGCUACUGAGGAAAUUCCUGCACUGAUCAUAAUCUGCUUUGGAUUCAACCCGGGACGAGGCUCAGACUCAUGCAAAGGAGAAUAUUAUUCAUGAUUAGAAGCUUUACCGCUUUUCAAGUUUUUGAGUUGAAUAUAUAUUGUAAAGUUUCUAACCUGAGAAGAAUAUAUAGUUCAAUAAACACCUUAUAUUUCUAGUAGCUUAUGUAUGAUAGGAAAUGUUCAGCUAGCACGAAAUAGUAAUAUUGGAAAUGGAGCCGAUAUUGAGAAGUUUA